UAUUAUUAUUUGAAGUAACACUACCGAUGCUAGUAUUGUUGUUGUAUCUUACAUAACAAAUCCAUCGAAGCAACAAAUUAACCACCGUUCUCUCCGCCGUACCAUGUCGGAAGCACCGUCUCAACCACCACUCCCCGCCACCGACUCUCCACCUCCAUACUGGUGUUACCACUGCGACAAACGCGUCUCCGUCGAAACUGUCGCAAAUCUCCCCGACGUCAUCUGCGGCGAGUGCAAAAACGGCUUCGUCGAAUCCAUCUCUACACCUUCUCGUUCUCGUUCUCCUUCCUCUUCCUCUGAUGACCCUAACUUUGGUUCUCAGUUCCUCCAGGUUCUUCGCUUAAUCGCUCAAUCGUCGCGUGAUGACGACGCGUCUCCACCCCCUCCUCCAACUCGUUCCCCUGAGAACGAUUUCCUCAGAAUCGAACUCGGUGGUUGGGACCACAACGACGAAGAAAACGACGACGACGAGUUUCACAACAACGACGGCGAAGAUCACGAAGGUACCGUCGAGGAACAGGAAGAUCGAUCCGGAAACGACGAUUCGCACUGGGAUGAAGAAGAUAUGAGGCGAAGGAGACGCGAUCUGUUGCGUCUUCGAAUUAGGGAUUUAGCGACCCGAACCCGAAGCAUGCAGAAUCGGAUCUUGGAUUGGGCCGAGAUUCUAAUGGGCCUGGAAGACAAUUCAAUUGAGUUUCGUCUUCAGGCACCGGAAUCGGACCGGUACGUCGGAAAUCCAGAGGAUUAUGUUGAUGCGGCGGAGUAUGAGGCGUUGUUGCAGACGCUGGCGGAGAGUGAUGGAAGUGGAAGGGGAGGAGCUCCGCCGGCGUCAAAGUCGGCUGUGGAAGCGUUGCCGACUGUGAAGAUCGUGUCGGAGAGUGAGGUUGUUGGUUGUGCUGUGUGUAAGGAUAUGAUUGGUGUUGGAGAAAUGGCGAAGAGAUUGCCGUGUGGACAUGAGUAUCAUGGUGAUUGUAUUGUUCCAUGGUUGAGUAGUAGAAAUUCUUGCCCUGUUUGCAGGUUUGAGCUUCCAACGGAUGAUAAGGAGUAUGAAGAAGAGAGAGCUUCGUGUUCGGGUUCUGGUCGUGGUGGUGGUGGUGGUGGAGCAGGAGCUUCCACCACCAUGUGAUGUGAGUAUGUUUCUCUUCUGUGAUGAUAUCUGUGUAAUCAUUGUAAUAUACUCCAUGCUAUGUUAUUUUCUGCACUUUUAUUUUGUUAUUAGUGUAAUUUUAUCAAAGCUUGUUCAAUCAAUGUUAUUCAUUCGAAGCUUUUGCCUAGUUGGAUUCUUGGCUCUCAGAUGUUGAAAAAAACACUUGUAUAUAGCAUUUGGAUUAAUGUGAUCACAUUAUUCAUAUGUAAUUUGCUGUUUUUGUACCA